UUUAUAGUAAGCAUAAAGACAGACAGUGAGAGAGUUACAGCUUACAACAAAGUGAUAAUGUCUUGCUCCUUUUUACUGAUUCCCACGAAAUUCCCCACAUUGAAUAGUUACAGCAAACACAUAAACUCAACUGCUUUGUUGGGUUUCUCUUCUUUUUCUUGUUUGAGGAAUAGAAGAAGAUCCAAUUCCAUUGCUACUUCUUUUUCCAGAGGAAGAAGUCUUGGCUGCAAAUGUCAGUUGGCAGAUAUUGCUCCUGUAACCUCUGCUGCCUAUGGUGUCAUUCUUCUUGGCGGUGGCCUCUUUGCCUUCAGUAAAUCAGGAAGCAAAGGGUCGCUCUUUGGAGGGUUGACAGGGGCUGCUGUCAUGGGAACGGCCUACUUUCUGAUGCAAGCUCCAGAGACAAAAGCUAUUGGUGAUUCCCUCGGGUUUGGAUCAGCCUUCCUAUUCUCUUCUGUGUUUGGAAUACGAUUGGCAGCUACCCAAAAACUGAUUCCUUCUGGUCUUCUGCUAGGUCUAUCUAUCUGUGCACUGGCUGUGUUUAUUGCAGCAUAUUUACAGGAUAGUCUGAUUACUGACCUUGUUUAGUCAAUUUCUCCUUUGUCAUUCUAGUGUAUGAGCUUGUGUACCUUCCCUAAAUAUGCCUCAAUAAAGUUUUGAUGAUCUAUGUAAGAUCCACCGUAAUUUCGACUAA